AUGGCACCACACAACGAAAAAAGCUCCCUCAAGCGUGGCAGAGCCUCAGCUGAUAAUGACUCACAAGAUCUUAAAAAGCCACGACGCUCAGAGAGGAACAAUCCCGAAAGCAAAGCACAAGCUUUAGACGAUCAGUCCUAUUUGCCUACACCCUUGACCCAACGAGAAUCAACUGCCACAGACAUUGAAAAGGAGACGACUGUUAUACCAGAUGAGCCUGACCGAAGUUCGCAUCGGCGGACACCUUCAAAUUCAGAACUCCCGCAAGCUAGUUCAUCGCCUCCUAGCGAUACUCAAGCCCUUUCUCAAUUUGUUUAUCCCCCUAGAGCAUUUGCCGAUGAAGUCGAAGACGAAGCUGCAGAGGGAGUUUGGGGAUACCUUCUUCCGCUUGAUGAUAAGGUCCGCCGUCCUCUAGUAUUGAGGAAACGCGGAGGAUGCGAGGAGCGCAAAUCCGCAGCAUCUACAACUAACUCCAGUAAAGGGGCGGCGAAAAUGAGUGCGGGUUCCGAACGUAAACAAGUGAAUUCUUUAUCACCUAGUGGCUACCUGAUAGGCCGACACCCUGAAUGCGACUUGGUGAUUAAUAUACCUACUGUGUCAAAUCGACAUGCUUUGGUAUUUUCGGAAAAUAGGAAAGGCGAUGCCGUUGCUUUUCUCCAGGAUCUUUCCAUUAAUGGUACUUUUGUCAAUGAUGCAAUGGUGGGCCAAAACAAACACCGUGAACUUGAAGAUGGUGAUGAGGUCACUAUUCUAGAUGAAGCACGUUUUGUUUUCAGAUAUCCCCGGACACGAGACACCAAUCGUUUCCGCCAACAAUAUAGGCUUCUGCAACAGCUUGGGAAAGGCCACUUCGCCACAGUCUACCUUUGCGUAGAACGGUCUACGGGUGCUCAAUAUGCUGUAAAAGUUUUCGAGAAACGCUCUGGCGAUUCGCAGCAUUCCCAAAAUGAAGUUCUUCAUCAGGAAAUCGGUAUCUUGAUGGGCGUCAGUCAUCCGAAUUUGCUUUGCCUCAGAGAUACAUUCGACGAAAGCGACGGCGUUUAUCUGGUCCUGGAACUCGCUCCAGAAGGCGAAUUGUUCAACUUGAUUAUCAGCCAGCAGAAAUUUUCAGAAAGUGAGACUCGUUGCAUCUUUAUCCAAUUGUUUGAAGGGCUGAAGUAUUUGCAUGACCGAGGCAUCAUUCAUCGUGACAUUAAACCUGAAAACAUUCUUGUCGCCAACAAAGAGUUGACAGUGAAACUUGGUGAUUUUGGAUUAGCCAAGAUUAUUGGUGAAGACUCGUUUACUACCACACUGUAUGGCACGUACUCCAAUGAGCGGCGCUAUCGAAGAUACACAAAGGCUGUGGAUGUCUGGUCUCUCGGAGUCGUUCUAUACAUAUGCCUUUGCGGAUUUCCCCCAUUCUCUGACGAACUAUACACAACUGAGCACCCGUACACGUUAGCACAACAAAUACAACAAGGGAGCUUCGACUAUCCAUCUCCGUAUUGGGACACUGUGGGUGAUCUGGCCUUGGAUCUGAUAGACCGAAUGCUCACAGUUAAUGUUGACGACCGAAUCACGGUGGAUGAAUGCUUAGAGCACCCAUGGAUUACAGGAAAGCAGCCUAGUGUUACCGACAGCACAGACGGCCUGACUGGGGCUUUAGGGAAGUUGGACUUUUCAAAAAGAAAGCUAGCGCGCGAAAGAACACUUCUCAGCAAUCUCAAUGAUGUUCGCUACAGUGAACAUGAGCGGACAAGUGGUGCUCCUGUCAAAGUUUUCCACAAGAACGAUGCUGGGAAACGUGUUCACAACCAUCCAGCCAAAAAUGCACGAGAGCGUGAAGUAUCACCUAACGAGAAAAGUGCCCCGAAUAACUUUGUCAACCUCGGAGAACAAGGUGACCCAGUUUUUCUAUUCCGGUUAUUCUGUUCCCGCUGUCGUCCCAUCAUGGGCUUGCUCGCGGUUGUUCUCGACAGCCUCUGCGAGCGCUGCUCGAACACGUCAGUGCUAGUAGUCUUGGGAUUCGGGCUGUUAUCCCUGCUGGCCGUCUCUGUCAUUUUCAAUAUCCUAAGACAGUUGUUCUUCAAGAAUCCCAAUGAGCCUCCUCUGGUGUUUCACUGGUUUCCAUUCAUAGGUAGCACUAUUAGCUAUGGCAUGGACCCCUAUAAAUUCUUCUUCGAUUGUCGCGCAAAGUACGGCGAUAUUUUCACAUUCAUUCUCCUCGGCAAGAAGACAACAGUUUAUCUGGGAACCAGGGGCAACGAUUUCAUUCUAAACGGAAAGCUACGUGAUGUCUGUGCUGAAGAAGUCUAUUCCCCGCUUACAACUCCUGUCUUUGGGCGUAAUGUGGUGUACGAUUGUCCCAAUGCCAAACUUAUGGAGCAGAAGAAGUUUGUCAAAUUUGGUCUCACAUCAGAUGCCCUACGUUCAUACGUUCGUUUGAUCACUGGCGAGGUAGAAAAUUUUGUCGAGCAUUCUGCGGCUUUUAAAGGGUCAAGUGGCGUUUUCGACGUCUGUAAAACCAUCGCAGAAAUCACCAUCUACACCGCGUCACGUUCGCUUCAAGGAAAGGAAGUUCGGAGCCGAUUUGAUUCUACUUUCGCCGAAUUAUAUCAUGAUCUUGACAUGGGGUUUGCUCCUAUCAACUUCAUGCUCCCCUGGGCACCACUUCCCCACAACCGGAAACGUGAUGCUGCACAGAAAAAGAUGACCGAAACUUAUAUGGAGAUUAUCAAGGAACGCCGUAUUGGUGGAAACAAGAAGGAUUCCGAGGAUAUGGUCUGGAAUCUCAUGUCAUGCAUAUACAAAGAUGGCACUCCGGUUCCAGACGAGGAAAUCGCACACAUGAUGAUCGCCUUACUGAUGGCUGGCCAGCAUUCUUCUUCGUCGACAGCUUCAUGGAUAGUUUUGCACCUUGCAAGAAACCCGCAGAUCAUGGAAGAGUUAUAUGCUGAGCAGAUCCGUGUGCUUGGGUCAGAUCUUCCACCUCUUACUUAUGAUAACUUGCAGAAACUUGACUUGCACGCUAAAGUGAUCAAAGAGACACUACGAAUCCACGCGCCAAUCCAUUCAAUCAUCCGCGCAGUCAAAAACCCUAUGCCUGUGGAUGGCACGCCAUAUGUUAUUCCCACCAGUCACAAUGUCCUUUCGUCACCUGGUGUUACCGCAAGAUCCGAGGAAUAUUUCCCCAACCCUCUCAAAUGGGAUCCUCACCGUUGGGAUGAGACUAUUGCGGCUAGUGCGGAAGAAGAAGACCAAAUUGAUUAUGGAUAUGGACUUGUCAGCAAAGGAACUAAUAGCCCCUACCUUCCGUUCGGUGCGGGACGUCACAGAUGCAUCGGUGAACAAUUCGCCUACGUGCAACUUGGUGCGAUUACUGCGGCUUUGGUGAGGCUAUUCAAGUUCCGCAACCUGCCAAACGUCAAGGAUAUCCCGGAAACAGACUACUCGUCUCUCUUCUCCAAGCCCGCUGGGAAGUCCAUCAUUCAAUUUGAGAAGCGCGCUACCACCAUUAAAUCAUGA